UUUUAGCCUUUUUCUCUCUAUACCACUUAUUUCUCUCAUGGAACAAAUCUCGUGUUUUAUCUACCUCUCAUGAAUGUAUCCGUUUCUCUGUUCUAAUCCUCAUGCAAAGAAAAACUAUAGCAACAUAAAUAGAUCAAAAUUCCCCAAAUUAACUCGUGUUGUGUAAUACCCUAUAGAAAUUAAUAAUUCAAUGAUUCUCCAAGACAAACAAUUGUACAAAAACAUAUAAAUAUCAAAUUUGGUCAUUUUUAAAUUGGUUUGCAGGGAUAGUGUGACCACAAAAGAGAUAUGGAAUCUCAUGAGAGCGUUACCGUAAACAACCCGGAAUAGAGGAAGAACCAUGCCGGAAUGAGAGAUUUGAUAGUGAUUACGGUGGAGGAACGCUUUGUCAGAUGGUCUUAGGAGCAACGGUUACGCCAUUAUUUGAUAUACCUGUGCUCGAUUGUUUUCUUAAUUCAUCUAAACCGUUAGAUAAAUCUAUUGACACCGUCGUAAUCGUUGACAGAAGUGAAGAUGGAAAUCAAAGGGGAUGUUGAGGGUGGUAAGCAGAAAGGAGUAAGAGAACCAUUGUUAGGGGAAAAGAAUAAGCAACUUGUCAAUGAAACCAAAGAUCAUCAUCAUCCAUGGAUGGUUUACUUCACCACAUUCAUUGCUGUCUGUGGUUCUUUUGAAUUUGGUACUUGUACUGGAUAUUCAUCUCCAACUCAAGAAGCUAUCAGGAAGGAUCUUAAUCUGUCUUUGGCAGAGUACUCGUUGUUUGGCUCCAUCUUGACUUUCGGUGCGAUGAUUGGCGCAAUAACAAGUGGACCAAUUGCUGAUUUCGUUGGUCGAAAGGGGGCAAUGAGAGUUUCAAGUGCUUUCUGCAUUGCAGGAUGGCUUGUUAUUUAUUUCUCUAAGGGUCCAGUUCCUUUGGAUAUCGGCAGACUAGCAACAGGAUAUGGAAUGGGAGUCUUUUCAUUUGUGGUUCCUAUCUUCGUAGCAGAAAUCUCACCAAAAGAACUCCGAGGAGCCCUCACUACCUUAAAUCAGUUCAUGAUUGUUACUGGGGCAUCCAUGUCAUUCGUAAUUGGAACAGUACUUUCAUGGAGGGCUUUAUCCUUAAUCAGCCUGAUACCCACUGCUGUGUUGCUUUUGGGUCUAUUCUUCAUUCCAGAGUCUCCGAGAUGGCUUGCAAAGAGAGGACGCGCGGAUGAUUUUGUGGCUGCAUUGCAAAUACUUCGCGGUAAAGAUUAUGAUAUAUCUCAAGAAGCAGAAGAAAUUCAGGACUAUAUAACUAGUUUAGAAAAACUCGCAAAACCGAAGGUGCUGGAUUUGUUUCAGAAAAGAUAUUUACGCUCACUCACGAUCGCAAUAGGACUAAUGGUCUGCCAGCAAUUUGGUGGAAUCAAUGGAAUUGUUUUUUAUGCCAGCAGUAUUUUUGACCUAGCAGGAUUUCCUUCCACGGCCGGGAGUAUAUAUUUUGCUAUUAUUCAGAUUGUGAUCACAGGUGUUGGAGCAACCCUCAUAGAUAAAGCAGGCAGGAAGCCCCUACUAUUGGCAUCUGGGUCAGGACUGGUUGCAGGAUGUAUAUUUAUUGCAGUUGCAUUCUAUCUUAAGGUUUAUGAUGUGGCUGUUGGGGCAGUCCCAGCACUCGCUGUAACCGGCAUACUCGUCUACAUAGGAUCAUUUGCGAUAGGAAUGGGAGCAGUUCCAUGGGUUGUGAUGUCCGAGAUAUUUCCUGUGAACAUUAAAGGACAGGCGGGAAGCAUAGCCACAUUAGUGAACUGGUUUGGUGCAUGGUUAUGCUCCUACACUUUCAACUUUCUCAUGAGUUGGAGCUCCUAUGGUAUCUUCGUUCUUUAUGCCGCGCUCAAUGCAGUAGCGAUAUUAUUUAUAGUUUUAGUAGUUCCAGAAACCAAAGGUAAAAGCCUUGAACAAUUGCAAGCAGCCAUCAACACGUAGGAAGUUAGCAAUUUGCAGUGUUUGGUAAAACAACAAGAAUGCAAGUUGGUGGUUGAAUAACUAGCCUCAUUUUUUUUAGUCUGUUUGAUUCUAUAUUUGAUUAUUGAAUUCACUAUUGUUAUGAUGCACAUUAGUUUAUCUCCAAAAAUGUAAUUCACAUUCAUUGUGUUGAUGUCAUUGAUUCAUGAAAUGUACUUCAGAAACAACUUUAAAAAAUCC